UCAGGGUGAGAAGAGUGGUGGAGCAGCAGCAGAUUGGGUAGGACACUAAAGUCACUAUAGCUGCUCGUUACUCAGUGCAGCUGUGAUUUAAAGUGGCAACUGGACUCUGACUGAGCAGCGUUUCUAAUCUUUUAACUAAUAAGCUGCUCUCUCGCACGCGCUUUCCCACCACUUUUCCGCACCAGUGCAGAGAUCCAAGUUUUGCCAGCCUAACCCUCCCCAUCUGCUACAAACAGGCUGGUGGAAACAAACAUCCGUCCGUGCGUCUUCCGUUGCUUAUUUUAAUUGAUAGAAAGCUCGGCCAAGAUGAUGGUAAUCAUUGCGGAGUUCUUCGUGGUUAUUCUGAAGGUGCUUUGGGCGUUUGUAACUGCCGGGGCUAAAUGGGUCGUGCGACCCAAGGAAAAGAGCGUGGCGGGACAGGUGUGCGUGAUCACCGGAGCUGGAAGCGGCCUCGGGCGGCUGUUCGCGAAGGAAUUCGCCCGGAGACGAGCGAUACUAGUCUUAUGGGACAUAAACAGCCAAAGCAACGAGGAAACGGCGGAGAUGGUGCGGCAGAUAUACCAUGAAUUGGACACCCCCAUCUCCAAAGACGGACCUGUUGGAGGGGUAGAGGAAGUCUCCACUUUCCAGCCUCAGGUCUACACUUAUGUGUGUGAUGUGGGAAAGCGUGAGAGUGUGUAUUCUACAGCAGAGAAGGUGCGUCGAGAAGUGGGAGAGGUGGACAUACUGAUCAACAAUGCUGGAGUCGUCUCAGGUCAUCAUCUUCUGGAGUGCCCCGAUGAGCUGAUCGAGCGCACCAUGGUGGUCAACUGUCAUGCACAUUUCUGGACCACCAAGGCGUUUCUCCCCAAGAUGCUGGAGCUGAAUCAUGGUCACAUUGUAACUGUUGCCAGCUCCCUCGGUUUAUUCAGCACAGCUGGAGUGGAGGAUUACUGCGCCAGUAAGUUUGGUGCCAUCGGGUUCCAUGAGUCUCUCAGCCAUGAGAUUAAAGCCUCAGAGAAGGACGGCAUCAGCAUGACUCUGGUGUGCCCUUACCUGGUGGACACGGGAAUGUUCAAAGGUUGCAGGAUAAGGAAGGAGAUUGAGCCUUUUCUGCCUCCGCUGAAGCCAGAGUUCUGUGUGAAGCAAUCCAUGAGGGCCAUCCUCACAGACCAGCCAAUGAUCUGUACACCCCGCAUCGUCUACAUGGUUAACUUCAUGAAAAGCAUCCUGCCCUUCGAGGCCAUCGUGUGCAUGUAUCGGUUCCUAGGUGCUGACAAGUGCAUGUACCCUUUCCUAGCUCAGAGAAAAGAGGCGAUGAACAACAACGAGGCAAAGAAUGGGAUCUAGGGGAAGCUGCUUGCUACUGGGGCAUUUAAACAAGCAAGCAUGAGGAAAAAACCACUGAGGAUGAAAAUUGGGAAGAUGAAAAGAAGAAAAAGACUUAAUCUAGACUGGUGCACUUGCAUUGAGCAAAUGCAAAGGUUUACCAUAUUGUUCCUCUGGAACAAAGAAAGCUGUGUACUACACAAAGGUUUAUUUGACUUAUUUUUUUGUUUUGUUUAAAGAAACCAUCUAUAUACUGUCACUAGUUUUGAAAUCAUACAGAAAAGGUAUCCAGUAAUUAACUAUUUACGUGAUGUAGUCACCAGCCUUAUCUAGUGUCAUUGUGGAAAUAUACAGUACGUUACUGUACAAACAGUAAUCUUUUUCACUUUUAUUUUAUUUUUGUAGAUGUGCACUGUAAUUUCAAAUUUAUCAUUUUUUUUUUUUUUUCUACACUGCCAGUGUUUUCUGUGUAUGUUUAACACGGCAUUUCAAACGGCUCAGUAUCUCCCCACCAGAAGCUCAUUUAGUCAAAAUAUAGCUGCAAUUUAAGCUUGUCCACCAAU